CUGAAGCAGGAGGAGGAGGAGGAGGAGGAGGAGAGGCGGAUGAUGGCGGCCGCCUCUCUCUGGAAAGGGCUGGUUGGGGUCGGGCUCUUCGCCCUGGCCCACGCGGCCUUCUCCGCCGCGCAGCAUCGUUCCUAUAUGAGACUAACGGAGAAGGAAGACGAGACGUUGCCUAUAGACAUCGUUCUUCAAACUCUGCUCGCCUUUGCAGUUACCUGUUACGGGAUUGUGCAUAUUGCAGGAGAAUUUAAAGACAUGGACGCUACUUCAGAGCUAAAAAAUAAGACAUUUGACACGUUAAGGAACCAUCCAUCCUUUUAUGUAUUUAAUCACCGGGGCAGAGUGUUAUUCCAGUCCCCAGACACUGUCCACUCUUCCUCCAGCCAGGAUGCGUUGUCAUCCAGCGGAUCACUGAAGUUGCGAAAACUUGAAUCGCUGCACCGUUAAAAGAGGUUUUUUAUAUAUAUAUAGACGAUUCUAAAAAUAGGACACUGAGCUGUAAUAUUGGAGCUGGAUAUAAACACUUGUUUUUAAAAUUUCUGGAGCAGUAUUUAUAUUGAUCUUCCAGGCUUUAUAGUAAUGUGUGUGCGCGCUUGUGUGUAUCUACACACACAGGCACACACAUACAUGAAUAUAUUAAAAAUAUAUUAAAAGGACUUUUGAACACUGGUCACGACAACUAAAAUUGUGAAUUGGUAAACCGUGAAAGUUACUGCUAAAAGUACGCAGUGAAAUAAUGCAUCUUACCUUUCAUUAAAGCUCUGUGGUUAAACUCACUGUUCUGAAUGAUCACAAUCUCUGUUGCCACAUGCAGAUGGAGGCUUUAAUGGACUAAAUAAGCAAAGGGUAUGUUGGAUUAUUGUGUUCCAUGGCAAAAUAGUUGUGGGCGGCUUGUCUGCUUUGCCGCCACGUAACUCUCCUUGCAGCCGAGUCCUUGACACAACCCGUGGUUAUUUCCGCCUCUUGUUUAUUGGUGAUCUGUGUGGAAUAUCUGGCCAGCAGAGCCAACGGAGACUAAAUCUUUUACAAGUAGGAAUUUAGCCAACGUUUUGCCAAAGGGGUAUGGACUUGAUUGACCACUUAGCCAUUGAUUGCAAGUUCCCCCCCGAAAUGCUCAAGAGAUUAUGAAAAGCAUAUGCUUUUUUGAGAAGUUGCAAUGAAUGGCCAGAUCUUAGGACACAAAAACUGAACCAUGACAGCUGUAACCCAUCCACUUCUGUCAUCAAGCUCUUUUGUUUAUAUCAUCAUCCGUGAUAGGCAGCUGGGGAAGACUGGCUUAGGGAGGGAGGAAGUGGUUUGACAGCAGGCAAAGUUUGCAGGUGGGAAAGUCGGGAUUGUGUCUUGUAAUGGUUUCAUUUACUUUUGGGGGGGGGGGUAGUGCCUUUUGAUUUUGGCUCCCGCACGUGCUUUUAAAAGCAGGUCGCCCGUAGGGUUCCCGUUGGAGCAACUGAACACGUUCAACUCGUUUUUCCACUGUGCCUUUUGUUUUUGUUUUUUUAAACCUAAUUGUCGGUGAUCACCAGACUUCUUCCACAAUUAUAUACUUUGCAAUGUUUGUGUUUGGCUCCAAGCUUGAUUUUUUUCCCCCCCACCACAGAAUGUAACCAAUUUCAAAAUUUAGCAACUCAAAGAGAAGUUGAAUGUCUGGUCUUGGAGAGCAUUGCUCCGUGCGUCUCCGGGGACAAAAAAGUCUUGGGCUCCGAAUGGGCAAGAAGUUGGGUGUGCUGGCAAUUAAAAUGCAUGCACUUUUACAGAGCGUGGGAUAGGAUCUUUGCUUUAGACGGCAGCCACUUCAGGGCAGGACAACAGUGGGCAAAACCCAGCAUUUUUUGAUCUUGGCAGAGAAACGGGGCUCUGGCCAAAAGAUCAGAACGCUGGGCAUGACUGUGGUGACUAUUGGCCUUUCAAAACCCAGCAUUGGCACCAGUUGGUUUAACGUUGUGGUCCUUCAUUUGAAUUAAAACUCAACCUUAGCCUUGAUAUGCUUUCUAGGUGAAACUUAUCAGACGUGUAAGGCAGUUGCCUAGAUCUGUUGGUCACCUUCCUCCUAAUAUCCCCGACGAUAUCCUAACCCUAACCCUGCUCAAAGUAGCUACCCAUUGGCUAUCCCGUCCCGCGUUCCUUUCUGGGCGAUUUCUAGCAGGUUUUUAAUUGUCUUGUAUCUAACGCUCUCCAGCCCAAAAUUCAAAGCAGUGGAAGUGGGCAGCUCAUAGGGAUUUGUGACACCCAAAACGGCUCCAUAAAAUGCCAGUGAUUUGCCUAUGCAGUGUUUGCUGUUUUAGUAUAUAACGGUGUUCCAAGCUGGAGUCCUCGUUUGUUCUUUAUCCUGACGGUUUUGCCAAGAACUUGCAAAUUUGGCUACAGAGAGGCAGCCUUUCUCCAAAGCCCAGGUCUCUCUCUUCAUGCGUUUUUGUGUUCUGGAUUUUGCACUCUGUUCCAAGCACCUUCCGGGUCUCUUUAAAACUUGCAAGAAAUGAACAGGUUCCCUUUCCACUAUCCAUGGUUAUUUUACAAAUGUGCAAAUUUUGUUUCUUUCCCUUUCUGGUCUUGCAAUGUCCAAUAAAGAACUAAUAUUCCAAAACUAA